AUCACCAGGAUGUAUUUCUAUCAGCACCGUGACUUAGGAUUUUAUUAGAUGUGGCUCCUGCACAACAGGAGCCCAUUGAUGGGCCCCCUCAUUGGAGCCCUUAUCAGUAAAGAGAGCUUUAUCAGAGAUGGUGCCCAAAGGGGGAGGGGCCACUCUUUUUCUUUCCUGUCGGGGUAUGGUGAUAGAUAAGUAGAAGACCCCCUGCAAGAAUGCGAUCACACUGGAAAAAACAAGUCAUUGUGUUGCCUUCCCUCGGCCGACUCAGCUCCAAAAUGCAGCAACUAAUCCUGCCCGUUCUCCUGGUAUCGUUUUGGACAACCUGCACAGGAACAGAAGAUUGGUGCUAUCAGUCCCAGUUCACCUGUGAUCAUCAAUGCAAUGCGCCAGACAAUUGGAACCACGCCCACAGCGACUGUGAUGGAAGAAACCAGUCUCCCAUCAACAUCGUCACCAGGAAGACUUUGAAAGACGAGCGGCUGACUCCUUUCCAGUUCGACAACUACCAGCAGAUCUUCAGAGGCACCAUCAAGAACAACGGCCACUCAGUUCAGGUUGGAGUUCCUCACCUGAGCACCAUCUCAAGUGGAGGCCUACCGACCAACUACAAGGCUGUGCAGUUCCACCUGCACUGGGGCAACAAUGGAGGGCCGGGCUCCGAACACACCAUCGAUGGGGAGCAGUAUCCCAUGGAGCUGCACAUCGUUCACAUGAAGCACCAUUACACUGAUCUGACAACAGCACUAUCAGACCCGCAGGGAGUUGCAGUCCUUGGGUUCUUCUACGAGAGGUCCAAUAGUGCAAACCGGAAGUACGAGCCCAUCAUCAACGCUCUGCAAAGCAUCAAAGCUGCAAAUGGAAAUACUUCUUUCCAUUCCGUCUCCCUGGCACAACUAAUCCCACCUGAGCAGAAUCUGACCGCCUAUUACCGCUACAAGGGCUCUCUCACCACCCCGGGGUGCACCGAGGCUGUGAUUUGGACUUUGUUUGAGAAUCCCAUCCCUCUGAGCAUGGAACAGCUGCGGGUGUUCUCUGAGCUCAAGUUCCACAGCGGAAAGCAGAUGGUGGGGACCUUCAGGCCGGUCCAGCCCCUGAAUGGUCGGCAGGUGUUCCGAUCGGGAGGCGAGGUGAUCCUGGCCAGUUCCGCCCUCCUACUGGCCGCCAUUGCCGCGGCCUUGGGACUGUCCCAAACCAACUAGAGCGAGGCAUCCCGUGCUGCACUGCGACAUCCAUGAAUACAAAACGUUCUGUGUGUCUCCUCAGCUGAACCCUGGUUCGCAACAUCUUCACAGCAUGGCUGCUAAGAUGACCGACCGUGUCGUAGUGCAGGCAUGACUCAUCUGGUGUUCCUCCCUUACAACACAAAUGACAAAGGCGUUCGAGGAACGUCUUACGAACUGUGCUGUGAGGGUUUGAUCAGCAUUCAUGCAUGCGUAGUGAAGCAGUAGGUCUCAUUUCAGCGUUAUGAAUGUGCCAUAAAGCAGCUUAUCAACUGAACUCAAAAUCAGAUCCCGUAGUCAUGCCCUAAUUUUUCACACAGCGUCAUCCUCUGAAACGCCAGCACACCCUCGUACACGUUAGACCUCAUCCUCCUUGUCCAAUGUCAGGUAAAUUUAGUCUCUGCUUCAUGUUGGUGUGAGUAGCCGAUGGUUUGUGCUCCGAGUGCCAAUGUCAGCCCCAUGACCUGCCACGUGAUGCUCUGUUCUCAGUGGGGCAUGUGAACUAUUAAUAGCAGAACUGAGUCAAAUAAACACGCUCCAUUUCAAAGCCAGUGGUCAAAGGAGUCAGCAGUUUGACUUUUCUUUCAAAGUCCAGGAGCACACAGCACGGCCAUCAGGUGGACGCCACGCAGCCACUCAGUCAGCAGUUGGUUUGAGGAAGCCCGGGGGAGAGGGGGGUCUUGCCUUUCCCCACGGGAAUCCAGUAUCAGUAGCAGAGCUGCAGUCUAUUUCCUCCCAGAGUCAGAGGCUACCGACACCUGAGACAAAGAUGCAGAGAUGCAAACGCUAUCAAGUGAGGGGCAGUCUGCUUUCAGAGGGAGGAGGGAGCAUCGGCAGAGCGAGAAGACGGCGAGACUUUCGAGAAUCAACCCGCGUAAAACGCCACUCAUCGUUUUCAAAUCAACGUCAUUAUUUUCAUGCAUCUCAAAACACUCGCAUGAAUCUGCAUGUCCCGAUGUUCCAGAUGUUCCUAAUGAGCUAAGUGUAGAUGGCCGCUGGAGUGAAGCUGCACGCACAUAAACCGUGCUCGCCAAAUUCAUACAGACACACCUCAGGCACCCCAUUUCUCAUUUUUGACCCGUGAAGUUCAGUGAGCUUGUCUUGAGAACAUGUGACUGUGUUCAUGGUUUGUGUUACAGUGUUUCGGAUGCACUGAAUGUUAUCGACUGUGAAUCACACCCCACUGAGUUCUCACUCAUUUAUUCAAGAGGACUCGUUAUGUAUUCUAGCGAGAGAUCUGUGCAAUUUUCCAGAAGGAUUUGUUGUGAUGAUCGAACAAGGAAUCUGUAUAUUUUCCAUGGUUUCAUAAGGCAUCGAGUUACAUUUCUAUGCUGUGUCAUUGUACACAUGUAUUUAUGUGCCGAAUGUGUAUAUUGAUAUGAGACGUACAGUUAUUGUUAUUUAUGUAUUGCGAAGUUUAUAUAUUGUGCUGAAUGCGAAAACAUAUAUGAAGCAUCAAGUUGUUCAUGAGCAAUCGAGUUUACUUAUGUUGUAAUGCUUGAAAGUGUCAUGGCGAAUGUGUUCUGACUGAACAAAAGAAUAAACUACAUACAUGCCUUUCUA